CCUCACUGGAUGCACUCGCAGCCGCUAGACCCCAUGGCCGUUGGUAAGAACUCGAAGGCGGAGGCUUUGGAAAAGAAGAAGGAUUGUACAAAAAGGGCUUUCGGAGCAAUGGUUUUCGGUGUUGCUUGUGGAGCAUUGGCAUCGUUUGUUGGACUGUAUCUGUGGACCGUCCUUGGCAAUAGGCGUCCGGUGGUGCCGCAGAGGUGAUGCUAUUGGGCCACGACGAGGUGAUGCUAUUGGGCCACGACGACAAGUACCUGCCGGACAGCGGGAUGCAGGUGACGAUUGCGUUUAACCACUUCAGUAUGGCGCUGGUGCAGCGUAUGCCGCGGUGCAGACGCGGGUACAUCCACGUGGUGAACAACAACUUCACGCGGUGGGAGAUGUAUGCUAUCGGCGGUAGUGGUAACCCAACCAUCAACAGCCAGGGGUACCACUACAUUGCUCCUCAGGACCAGAACGCCAAGGAGGUGACAAAGUGCGUGGACACGAACGAGGGGGACUGGUCAGACUGGAAUUGGAGGACGGAGCGAAACGGCAAGGACUUCCGCGACAACAUCCAGGUCAUCACCAAGCCGGCGAUUCGGAGGCUGGCCAGAAGAGGCGGGGUGAAGAGAAUCAGCGAGCUAAUCUACGAGGAGACCAAAAGCUUCCUUAACAUCUUCUUGGAGAACGUCAUCCGUGACGCUGUGACAUAUACCGAGCACGCCCGCAGGAAGACAGUCACCAUCAUGGACGUCGUCCAUGCUCUCAUGACGCUGUUGUUCCGUCAUCCUCCUUGCUCCGCUCUUCUCUUGCACCCUCAUCCGUCUCUCGCCUCGCAGCUGCCACCAACUUCAAAGACCGCUGUCAAACGACUAGCCGGCCGAGAAGCUCUUCCUUAAACUCCAGCUCUCCGUCCGUCCUUGCUCCGCUCCCUGCAAAUUCCCCAGCCCAUCAUCGAAAUUUAUACAAAAAAAUAAUAAUAGAAAAUGGAAUGGUGGAUCAAAGAUGGGGUACAGCCCCAUGGCAGAUCAAAAGUUUCUGGUGGUGCAUGGGCACCAUGUGCAGAAAGAAAAAAAAAAUUG